CCAAAGGCAGCAGGGCGGGGUUUCCAAAGUUGGGACCCUGCUCUCUGGUGCUCUGGGCGCUGGCCAUUGGCAGAGCGCAGCGGCCCCUCAUUGUGCGUAUGGUAAUCAGUGCGGCGGAGGCGCGCUGCCCCUCAUUGCCUCCCCGGGGCUACGGUGCCUCCUCCGCCCUAUGCAAUCCGCUUUGCCGCUGGUGCCAGGCUUCUAUAUAAGCGCUAGAGCGGCUCCCCGCGACUCCUGGAGAUGAAGGCGCCCCCGUCACUCGGCUCUGCAGCCCAAGUCUCCGCCGCUGCGCUCGGCUGGAAGAAGGCAGCUCAGAACCCAGGAACAGCGGCGGCGGCUGGAAGACACGACUCCGGGCAGGGGCAGUAGCACGUCCCGCUGCUGCCAUGAGCUGCUCGGACGUGGUGAGGCACCAGCCGCAGGCGACGUGCCGCCCGCCGCAGUUGACGUUGCCCAGCGCCGUGGCAGCGGCAGCCUGUCCCACGACUCCUUGUCCUUUGACGGUGCCGCCGUUCACGCAGAGCCAACAGAAUAAGUUAGCUGUAUACAGCAAGAUGCAAGAAUCUCUAGAAGUGACCCUUCCUAACAAACAAGAUGAAGACGAAAAAGACCAGCCUGCUGAGAUGGAGUACCUUAACUCUCGCUGCGUCCUUUUCACUUACUUUCAGGGAGACAUUGGAUCAGUGGUGGAUGAACACUUCUCAAGGGCUUUAAACCAAGCCAGCAGCUUCAACCCAGAGACUGUCAUUUCAAAAAGCAAGACAGGACUCAACCAUCUAUGGAGAGAGAACUCAACAAUAGCAAGCCAAAGGAGUGGUUUCCCAGCUUCAUUUUGGACCAGUUCUUAUCAAACUCCACCUCCACCAUGUUUAAGUGGAGUUCAUCAUGAUUUUCCAGUUACUGCACCAGGCACCUUCUCAACAGCAGAUCCUAGCACCUGGCCAGGGCAUGCCCUGCAUCAGACUGCUCCUCCUCCUCCUCCUAGCAUGUCAGAAUCUUGGCAUUAUCCAUUAGCAUCUCAGGUGAGCCCUUCAUAUGGACACAUGCAUGAUGUCUACAUGCAUCACCAUCCUCAUGCACACAUGCACCACCACCACCCAGCUCCGCACCUUGACCCACGGUACAGACCUUUGCUGAUGCCUUCAGUUUGUGCAGGCAAGAUUCCUCCACCACAGUGUGAUGCAGCCAAGGCAGAUCCUACUGCUGUCACCACUGCUACCUCAGCAUGGGCAGGAGCUUUUCAUGGAACAGUUGACAUUGUACCAACUUUUGGGUUUGACUCAGGCAUACAACAUCCGGACAAAAGCAAGGACACAUCAUGGUUCUGAAGUAGAAAUGGAUCUUACCAGUAACCAGUUAAGAGUCUUUCCCUUGUGAAAGGGAUACUACAUUAAAAAAAACAAAAAACUUUCUUCAUCGUGGCAAUGGACGUACUGCUAAGCAGAUGAUGAGCCAACCAGUCAUGAUUCAGCCUUUACCUCUGGAAGGCCAUUUCUAAUUCCUAAGGCAUUUCUUUUUUAAAAAAACAACCCAAAAUCUUUUCAUUGUAUAUCAUGUGUCAUCUGAGCCUGCAGAAUUUCUGAAACCUAAUUUCUUUCCCACCUCCUUUAACAGUGUUUUGCUUGGUUGUGUGUAUGGUCUAUAUUAAUGCACAGCCUUGGUUGUCAGGAGAGACCUAGCCAUGACUAGGAGUCAUCUUUCAGGAAUACAUAUUUGUAGCUCUUUGUGCAUCUAUUUUUGUAGAGAUACAGAAAGUUUGCAUACAUGUCAAUGGGCUAUUUUAGAACAAUGUAUUUUUUUAAAAUUUAAAGUUUAAAAAAAUUAAAGUUCUGUUUAAAGAACUUGCUGUCAGAAAAGCACUGGCAAAAAAGUUUAAAGCAUAUUUUUAGAUGUUUGUGCUUGUAUGAGUUUUUAUUGUCAUUACCUGAUGUAUCUUGUCAUGAUGAAACAGUUCAAUCUGCAUAUAGCAGUCCCACAAGAUCUUGAAUGUACUUUUUGCUUAAGCAAUCAUCCAAAUGUUAAAUAUUUUCCAUGGCCGUGCUCUAUUACUGAACAAUGAUGCAUCACUUGGCUGUUUCUGAAGGCAACUCUGAAACUACUCAUGGGAAAAUGGUAUUGAAACAAGAAGGCAUAGAUGUUCCUUAAACUGUAAUCCUAAGGACAGUUGGGUUGCCUGAUCCUUUAAAUUGACUUUAGUUGUAGUGGCCAAUACCCUAACUUGCACUGUGCUGGUAUCCAGACCCUUGCUGUUGUGCAAGGGUGAAGGGCAAUUGUAGCUGAUCUCUCCUUCCCUCUGAAGCCCACUGUGCCUCCCAAAAAUAUGUCUCUAAGGGCUCUCUGAUGGCACAGUGUUAGUCUGGAUGUUAGCAUUGUUGCACCAGCGCAGUGCUUGUGUGGAUGGCAAUCCGUGUUUUGACACUGAAGAGGGAUCCGGUGCUUUUCUGUUGAGGGUAAGCUGUCUGAUUCUGCCCAACAUUCCUACCAACCUCUGCCUGCUAAACAUAUAUGCUGCAUUCUAAAUAGCUUGUUUUAGGUGUGCCUAAGAACUUGGGCAAGCCUGAUGGAAUUUUUCUCUUGAAUGGAAGACUCCCAUUCCAUGUUACAAACUGCUUUGGAAGUUCUCUAGUCACAUUGUACUUGGGAUCCAGGCCAUGAUGGCAAACCAUUUUACACUCCAUACAGCUUGUAUGAUGGACCUGACACACCUACGGGGUUCGGCACAGGGAGGGCUAGUAUACUUAUGUAGGUGCAAGCAUGUGAGCUACUGUACCUGUACCAGUUCUGAGCAUAGCACCUCACGACAAUGCAAAGGCCCUUAAGUCUUGUCCUGUGAACUGUGUUAGUACCUCAUUGGAACAGAGCAUUAAUUUUCAUUGACAUCCCAUAGGACUAAUUUAAAAAUAACUCUGAUCAGAAUUAGGCUGUUGAUAACCUAACUGAUAUUCCUGGUUUUGGUUAAUUUGGAAAUAUUGUUUUCAUUUUUGCAAUCAGAAAUAAAUCCAGUAGGAAUAGAUGCCUGAAGCAUAUUGUGUAGGUGUCAGUGGAAAAAAACCUUCAGUAUUGACUUUUGCAUGAUUCCAUCAGGCCUCCUUUCUGUGAAGCUGUAUAUAUUAAAAAUGGAGUAAUUUUAAUUACUGGAAUAAAGCUUCUCAUUUUCCAUAA